AUGGUUAACGUACCAAAAACACGUCGUACAUUUUGCAAGGAUAGUGUUCAUGUUCAAGGUAAACGACGUUAUGAUAUGAAACAAAAAGGUUAUGGUGGACAAAAAAAACCUGUCUUUCAUAAAAAAGCUAAAACAACAAAAAAAAUUGUCUUACGUAUGGAAUGUACGGAAUGUAAAUUUAAGAAACAAUUAGCAAUUAAACGAACGAAACAUUUCGAAUUGGGUGCAGAAAAAAAGAAGAAAAAUCAAGUUAUCAAUUAUUAA